UUUUCUUCUAUUCAAUAACAACCUCAAGAUUAUUUUUCCUUUGCCCCUAUAGACCAACAAAAAUGUUGAUUAGAAAACUUUCCCAAGCAAUAACCAUUUGCCUCAUAGGCUUAGCGAUGGUGCAUAUUUCCCAUGCUCAAAAUUCCCCACAAGACUACCUCAAUGCUCAUAAUGCUGCUCGUGCAAGGGUGGGUGUUGGACCUAUUAGAUGGGACAACAAAGUUGCUGCUUAUGCACAAAACUAUGCCAAUAAACGCAAGGGAGAUUGCCGGCUUGUGCACUCCGUUGGACCUUACGGUGAGAAUCUCGCAUGGAGCAGUGGCGACCUCACCGGCUCGGCUGCGGUGAAAAUGUGGGUAGAUGAGAGGCCACACUAUGACUAUAACUCUAAUUCUUGUGUUGGUGGAGAAUGCCGGCACUAUACUCAGGUAGUUUGGCAAAACUCGGUUCGCUUAGGCUGUGCUAAAGUGAGUUGCAACAGUGGAGGCACAAUCAUCUCUUGUAACUAUGAUCCUCCGGGGAACUAUGUUACUCAACGUCCUUAUGAUCUUGUAUCCAUCUUUUAGAUUUUUUCCCCCUUGAUUAAGCUAUCAUUAAAGCAUAAUUAUUGAUGUUGUAUAAUUAAGGCUUAAUUGUUGUUGUUGUAUAAUUAAUCAAUGAUGUGUGGAAAAUAUCAUGAAUAAGUUUAUUAAUUCA